AUGCAAAAUAAUUCUAUUUUAGAAAAUCUUAUUGGAGGAAAUUUAUUAGAAUCACCACCAAAUUUUGAAAUGGCAUAAAAUCAUAAUGUAAAUUUUGAUUAUAUUAUAAUAAAGAAAGCUCAAAUUAUCUACAAAGAAAUCAUUAGAAAUUCAGAAAGAUGUCCUUGUUGCAAUUAAUGUAUCUAAACCAUCAAGUAUCCACUAUCAACCGAUAUAAAUGUCUUUAGUGAGUAUGGUACCUCAUACAAAUACUUUAAUUUAGUGAAAAUUAAAUUUAUUCUACUAAGUAUAUUUUUGUAAGAAUGAUAACUUAUUAAAUAGCAUUAUAGCUGGUUUAUACAAUUUGAUCUAAAACUCUAAAGGAGACUUAUGUAUUAAGAGUUAGACUUGUAAAAAAAGUUUAAAUAAUUAUUUAUCACUUUUAAAUAGAUUUGAUCCUGAAAAGUAUUUUAUACUUAUAAUCAUUAGUUACUAAGAUGACGUUUUGGAUACAUUAUAUACAAUUGCAAUAAUUGUAUAAUUAGUUUUCAUUCGAUAUAUUUCAUAUAAUAUCAAUGAUUAUUAUAAUGUGGAUCAUGACUACGAUUGCGAAAAAACAAUAUAAAAAUGUUCCUUGAAAAUUUCAUUAAUACAUCCUAAUUCGUCAAGAGACGGGAUAAUUCAUCAUUUUUCAAAUGGCAUAUUGAGAUAAAACCAAGUGCAAUAUUAAAUUGUUGAUUGUUGUUUAAUUUAUGAUAUUUCUCAUUUAGAAACUUAAUUGAAAUUAUAAAUAAUAUAAGCCUUAAAAGAAGAUUAAGAUAGGUUAAAUUUUAAUUAAUUUAUAGGUCAUUAAAAGAUAUUGUAAGGAGAACAGUAAAUUAGUUUUCAAUUUUGAGAGAUAGAAAUAGAUAUUUGAAGUUUUCAGGUAGUGUAUAUAUAACUCUUUCUUAUGAAGUAAUACAUUUUAUUCUAUUAUUAAGUAAGAAGCCAUUAAUUUUAAAAAUUCGUUUAAAUUAAAUUUUGAUGUGGAAAACUGCCCUAGACCUUCUGAUGUAUAUUGGAAAGUAAAAUAAUUAAAAGGCAAUUAAACAUUAGAAUUUAUCAAAUGUUCAAUUGCAUUUUGUGGAUGGUUACCUAACAUAGGAAUUUAAGUGGCUAAAAAUAAUUAUAUUAUGUCAAAUUCUGGAAAAACUCAAGAUUAAUUAUACAUUAAUACAUUAUUGAGUUUGGUUAUUGCUAUUAUUUACUAUAUUUCUACAAAAAUUUGUACUUAAACCAUCUAAAAUUAUAUCCGAUAAAUUUCAGUGAAUUCAAAGCGUAAGUUUUGGAAAGAUUAUCUAUAAACAAAUGAAGUUGCUAUAAAUAUUAUGUUUUAUUUGUGGCCCCCUAUAUUUAUAGCUGUAUACUCAGGUGUAGGUACUCGAUAAGAAAAGCUUUGGAGAUCUGGAGGGUUAAGUGAAGAUAUUAUAAUGAUAUUUCUGACGAAUGCUGGUUUGUAGAUUAUAUUUACUAUAUGUGAUGUAGAUUAUGCUUGGUAAUUAAUUAGAAUUAUUUAUUACAAAUAUUUCAAUAAAUAAUCAAAUUUAACAUAAUAUGAAGCAAAUGAAUUAUUUUCAAAAGAUUUAAAUUUCAAUAAAAAGAGGAUUGAUCUAACUAAUUUAAUUCUACUAUGUUCCUAUUAUGGUUAUUUGUUUCCAAUAUGCUAUCCUAUAACUCUCAUUUCAAUUUUGAUUAUCUAUUGGUUAGAUAAAUAUUAAUUUAUAAAUAAUGGGAUUAAUGAGAAAAUCUAAUUUAAAUAUCGAUUACAAAAAUUUAUCAUAAUGAUGACCAUAUUUUCUUAACUUGGAUCUACUCAAAUGAUAAAGAUUACUUUCUUAGGUUAUACAUCUAGUAAUGCUUUUAAUUAUAUUUAUUAUGUUUAAGGAAUUAUUCUAAUGUAUAUAUUAUUUUACAAAAAAGAAUGGAUUUUUAAAAAGCGAAUCUAAACUCCUAUUACACAAAUUGAAUUAAAUAGAAGUCUUUAAAAUAAUGAAUUAUACAACGAAUAUAAUCCAAUUAUUGAUGAUAAGAUAUGGUCUAUCUAAGGGGAAGAAUAAUAAGUUAAUGAAUAAUAAUUAUUAAGGAAAUUAUAAUAAAGUAGAUUUUCAAGAUAAGAAAAAUUUUACAAUGCUCUCUAAAUAAAAUUACUGAGAGAAAUUGAAUAGAUAUAGAAAAAGGAAAGAGCAGGCAUAGCCUAAAUAUAGCCUAUCUAAAAUGAUAUCAUUUGA